AUGUCCAACGGAGGUGAAGAGUCAAAGAGUAUGUUCGUUGGAGCUAGUCUCCAAUCUACCAAUAAUCAAUUAGUGAAAUGCAUUGAGGAAUUACGAUUAAGGAGGGAUGAAGUUACAAGGCAGAUUAUAAAAGAAGAGGAAGAAAAGAAUCGUAUUCAAAACGAGCUUAGAGUGCUUUCAGAGAAGCUCAAUCGCCUCAACGACGGUUUGAGCAGAAAAUUACAAGCAAAACAAGAAUAUGAACGAACACUGCAAGAAACAGAGGCAGCUUAUAACAAGAUUUUGGAAAGUUCCCAAACACUAUUGCAUGUUUUGAAACGAGAAAGUGCAAGCCUUUCCAAGAAAGUCGGCCAAUAG